AUCUUUUCUGCCACCAGUAUUUGGAAGAUACUCGAGGCAAGAAGAAUUUUUUAACAUCAAAAUGGAGAAAACUAUAUUGUGUGUGUUGUUUCUAGUUGCUAGUGUGUUUGGUGAACCUAGGGUUGAUCCUUUGGUCCUGAUCAGUAGCCAAGGUUUAGUUAUGGGUCAUAGGGCGACUGAUGGUGACUAUUCCAUGUUUCUGGGUGUGCCUUAUGCCCGAGUGGAUGCCGCUGAUCCUUUUGGACCAUCUCGAGAAAUUCAACCUUUUGAAGAAAUAAUCUUCAAUGCAAACGACGGUACGGUCAGAUGUCCUCAACUGGACGAGUCGACCAUUGAUUGCCUUCGUCUGAACAUCUACGUGCCUUUUAAGGCAAGUUCCUCAAACCCGCUACCCGUACUAGUCUGGAUACACGGUGGAGACUUCGUACGAGGAAGUGCAGGAGACUAUGGUGUGAGGAACCUGGUCAGACACGACGUCGUAGUGGUCACCGUCAACUACCGCCUCGGUCCAUAUGGAUUCAUGUGCUUAGAUAUCCCUGGUGUACCUGGCAAUCAAGGCUUGAAAGACCAAUACACAGCACUUAACUGGAUAAGGAAAAACAUUGCCUCCUUUGGUGGUAACCCGUACAAUGUAACGAUAUCUGGCCACGACGCUGGAGCCACAUCGGUCCUCUUGCACAUGUACGCAGACAAUUUAAAACUUUUCAACAAAGUCAUUGUUGAGAGUGGCACACCACAGAGUGAAGGGAUGUUUGUCAACUCUGAUGAAAACAUGGCUAUCAAAAUUGCUGAGCAUUUGGGUAUUAACACGACUGAUACUAACGAAGCUCUAGAGUUCCUUAUAAACUCCCCUCAUUAUCUUGUAGUAGGUGCUGCCCAUGAACUGAACUUGCCAUUGGGACCUUGUAAAGAGAAAUCGUUCAGUGGUAUUGAAAACUUUGUAGAGAACGAUCCCUACGCUUUGACAAACGCAAGGAAAGUGAGAAACACGCCCGUACUGAUUGGAUACACGAGCCGCGAACGUGACUCACUUAGCGCAGAUUACUUUGACUCAGAUCCAUUUUACGAGAAAUUGAAAAAUAAUUUUAAUUUAAAUGGACAACAGCUAGAGACCGCGGCCACUUUUGUUAGACGGUUUUAUAUUGGAGAUAAUCCUGUUAGUUCAGACGUUUCAACUCAACUGGAGAAUUUCGAAUCUGAUUUCGUUAUCAACCAUCCGUCAGAGAGAAUAAUAACUAGAUUGUUGGAGGAAAAUGUUGGAUCUGUCUACGAAUAUUUGUUCAGCUACACUGGAAAUUCAGCCAAUGAUGGUGCAGGCCACUCAUCGGAACUUAAUUACCUAUUCAACGAUGGAAGCGGCAAUAUAGUUAGAAGUGAAGAUGACCAAUUGAUCGCUGACCGCGUUUCAACUUUGUGGACCAAUUUCGUCAAAUACGGGGACCCAACACCUCAAACUUCGGACUUGCUGCCCGUGAAGUGGACUCCAGUCACCAUCUCCUCCAGGCCGACCAUGGUCAUCGACACUGACCUCAGAAUGGACAGUAGGGUGGAAAACCAGAGGAUGUAA